AUGGCGGGACAGUCGGGCACCGCGCGCGCCCCCGCGCCCCCCGCGCCCACCUCCCCGACCCCCGCGGGGGCGCCGCAGGCCGCGCCCCACAACAAGCGGCCCACCAUCAUCAUCUACCCCACAGUGUCUCCCGAGUCCGUGGUGAUCCCCAUCGUGUCCUGCAUCCUCGGCUUCCCGCUGCUCGCCCUGCUGGUCAUUUGCUGCCUCCGGCGGAGAGCCAAGCUGGCCCGGGAACGAGCCAGACGGGGACGCCCAGGGAACUGCGACACAGGCCAAGGGGCGCUCUCCCUGGUCCGCCUCAGCGCCAUCAGCCGGAUAGGCACGGACCGGGCCAUGGCGGGUCGCACCAUCAGCCUCCGCGGCGAGCGCGGCGACCGGUCGCUGUCCAGGGCCUUCCCCUCGCUGGACCUGGAGCUGGACACCGUGGUGGAGGAGCGCUCAUCGGACCCGGACCCGGAGGUCCUGCAGGACCUGUGCUCCGCGACCUCCAUUGACAUCGACAGCUAGCAGGAGGUCUCCCCGGGGCCUUACAGCGGCCUCCAGGGGCCGUCGUUCAAGGACCCGGGGACCAAGACGUUGCCCAGCCCUCACGCCAACGGCGGCCCGCACGCCCUGGCCGC